AUCAAGGGUUUAAUUUUCAGCUGUAUAUGUUGAUAAUUGACUUCUUAAUUUGCAACCUAAAGCAACAUCAUUUGUCUGUGGAAGUCUUGCCUUGCCAAAUUGGAAGUGAAAUCUUGUUCUUGCUCCAACUAUAAACUCUACAACCUACAAACUGUUCUUGAUUGCUCAGAUGCUUGUUGCCAAAUAUUGUGUCCUCUUUAUAAUGAUGGUGGCCGAACCUGUUUGCGCGCAUCUUGACUAUCACACCGUGUAUUGGCUAUUAAGAAAAUUCACGAUGGAGUUAUCACGAGCGUGAGAAUUAUGGGAGUAUAUACUCACUCCUUCGCGGUAAUCAUGGGAUUACAAUGGAUAUUCACGUUGAGCUCGUGUUUGUUUGCGAGUUAGCCAUUAGUGAAUCCUUAAUUUGUCAUAAAAGAUAUAUGAUUGAACAAAGGAGUGAGUGGAUCCAAAUGAAGCGGCAUUGAUACUGACGAUUCAUAUAGCCAAACCAGUCUAGAGAGUGGUUGACUGACAGGCAUAAAAAAGCUCUCUUUGAGGCCUUGGAGAAGGUUAAGGCCGAGUUGAUGAUUCUCGGUUUCAUCUCGUUAACCCUUGUAUUUAGUCAAUAUUACAUUGCUGGAAUUUGUAUCCCCCCAAGUGUAGCUGAUACAAUGCUUCCAUGCCCUGCUGUGCACAAAAAUGCUGAAAAGGAGGAGGAACACCGUAGGAAGCUUUUAUGGUAUGAGCGUAGAAUUUUGGCUGGUGCAGAGCCUAAAUGCAAAGAGGGACGUGUACCUCUCGUUACUGUUGAAGCACUGCAUCAAAUACACAUCCUUAUUUUCUUUUUGGCAGUCCUUCAUGUCUUAUACAGUGCGAUUACCAUGUGGUUGGGAAGACUUAAGAUUCGUGGCUGGAAAGGUUGGGAGCAAGAGACUUCAACGCAUAGUUACGAGUUUUCAAAUGAUCCUUCAAGAUUUAGACUUACUCAUGAGACAUCUUUUGUCAGAGCGCAUACUAGUUUCUGGACAAGGAUACCAAUCUUCUUUUACAUUGGAUGCUUCUUCAGACAAUUUUUCAAGUCUGUCAGUAAGUCAGACUACUUGGCCCUGCGCAAUGGUUUCAUCAGUGUUCAUCUAGCUCCUGGAAGUAAAUUUAACUUCCAAAAGUAUAUCAAGAGGUCUUUAGAGGAUGACUUCAAGGUAGUUGUCGGUGUCAGUCCAGUUUUAUGGGGAACAUUUGUGCUUUUCUUGCUUCUGAAUGUUAGUGGGUGGCAAGCAUUGUUCUGGGCAUCCUUAAUUCCUCUGAUUAUCAUUUUAGCUGUUGGAACAAAGCUUCAGGCUAUUUUGAUUAGGAUGGCCCUUGACAUCACAGAGAGACAUGCAGUAGUUCAAGGAAUCCCUCUUGUACAAGCCUCAGACAAAUAUUUUUGGUUUGGUCGACCACGACUGGUUCUUCACCUCAUCCAUUUUGCCUUGUUUCAGAAUGCGUUCCAGAUAACAUAUUUUCUGUGGAUAUGGUAUGAGUAUGGGCUAAAAUCUUGCUUCCACGAGGCGUUUGAGCUGGUCAUUGCAAAAAUUGUUAUAGGGGUGGGAGUCUUAUUCCUAUGCAGUUAUAUCACUCUUCCGCUGUAUGCCCUUAUAACUCAGAUGGGAUCCCAUAUGAAAAAAUCCAUCUUUGAUGAGCAAACCUCCAAGGCACUAAAGAAGUGGCAUAUGGCUGUGAAGAAGCGGACAGGAGCGAGGGGAGACAGGUCCCCUACCCGAACGCUGGGUAAUGCAAGUCCAAGGUCCACAAUGAGCUCACCUGUGCACCCAUCAGGCCCUGGUCUUCAUCGAUACAAAACUACCGGUCACUCAUCGCGUUUUCAGGGCUACAGCGAUCAAGAAGCAUCAGACCUUGAAAAUGAUCCAACAACCCCGAUGACUCACGCAGAGAUUGCAACUACACAUAUUGAUCAUGAUGACACAGAAAUUCAUGUGCAUGUUCCUCCAAAUGGAGAAUCUACUAGGAAUGAAGAUGACUUCUCAUUUGUGAAGCCUGCUCCUCAAAGGUGAAAAGGAAGUAGGUAGCCAACUAGCUUGUUACCACUUUUUUCUCCUUUUCCUUUCCCCCCCUUUUCCCUCAAGUCAUAUCAAUGUGCUUAUACCUUUUAAGUAUAUCAUAUAAGCAGUUUUCAGUUCCUUGGCACAUAUAGGUGAAUGAAUUCCUUGUAUAUUUUUACUUGAAAUUGCCAUGUAAUGAUCUCUAAUCCACUGUGUAAUUGCUUGCCUUUAUAAGAUUUUUUUAUUGAUGGUUA